CGUGUAUGUAGAGUAAGUGGGUUUUGGAUCAUAAUCCUCUCUUGUGCUUUCUGAAAACCUUCUGAUCCCAUUUUCUUGCAUCCUCUUCCUUCCCAUUUUGCCUUUGGACUCCUUUUUCUUCAAAAGUUCUCGGCCAAAGAUGGCAUUCGCUGCUGCGGAAGCUAUCCUCAAGAAGUUGGCUCCCCUUGCUGCUGAGCAAGCAGGUCUCCUCUGGAGCUUGAAGAGCGAUUUCCUGAAACUGAAGAGCACGGUUUCCUCCAUACGUGCGGUGCUGUUGGAUGCCGAGAAGCGAUCGGGCGAGAACAAUCAGGUUCAAGACUGGCUCGAUAAACUGAAACAGGUGCUUUAUGAUGCUGAUGACUUGCUGGAUGAUUUCUCAACGGAGGCUCUGUUGAAGCUGCGGAGGAAUGAUGGGAAUCGCUGUCUGAACGAGGUAUGCCUCUUCUUUACGCGUUCCAACCAAUUGGUUAGUGGUCUAUUGAUGGCACAUCGGUUGAAGGCCAUCAGGAUCAAGCUGGAUGAGAUUGAUGAGAAUCGAAGGAAGUUUAAUCUUGAAACGCGCCUUCGAGAUCCGGCUGCUGCUGCUGCGAUCAAGCGGGAGAGGCAGACUGACUCCUUUGUUCCAUAUGGAUUUGUUGGGAGGGAGGAAGAUAGCAAGAAAAUAAUUGCUAUGUUGUUGUCAUCGACCAACGAUGAGCAGAAAAUCGAGGUUAUUCCGAUUCUUGGAAUGGGCGGUCUCGGAAAAACUGCUUUGGCUCAGUGUAUCUACAACGAUGAGACUUUGUCUACUUGUUUUCAGUUGAAAAUUUGGAUAUGUGUUUCGGAUAAUUUCGAUCAAGUACUAUUGGUCAGGAAGAUGUUGGAGUCUAUAACCCGACGUAAAGUAGAAGAUCUUGACUUGGACAUCUUGAAAGGGGAACUUAAGAAGGAGAUGGAUAAUAAGAGGUUCUUGUUAGUGCUGGAUGAUGUUUGGAAUCAUGGUGACUACAAGGGCAAUUGGGAUAGCUUGAUGAGUUUUUGGUUGCAGGUCGGGGCAGUUGGUAGCAAAGUUAUCGUCACUACUCGUCUUGGAGAUAUCGCGAAUCACUUCGCAACAAAGGGGAUUAAACCACACAACCUAAAAGGUUUAUCUGAGGAAGAAUCGUGGUUUUUGUUUGAACAUAUAGCAUUCGAGGGUGAAGUGGAAGGUGGUGAAUCAUUUGUAGAGAUAGGAAAAGUGAUCAUGAGAAGGUGUGUGGGAGUUCCUUUAGCCAUAAGGGUGAUUGCAGGUGCCCUAUCGUCUAAGAGCAACAUUGUUGAUUGGGAGGUUGUAAGAGAUAAACAGGCACUAUUAGAUGGGGACGACGAGAGAAGAAUUUUGGGUACUCUUAGAUUGAGUUAUGACAACCUGCCUUCUGAACUGAAACCGUGUUUUGUUUAUUGCAGCCUGUUUCCGAAAGAUUCUAACAUUGAGGUGAAAUUGUUGGUGCAAAUUUGGAUGGGGCAAGGAUUUAUCAACUCUAAUCAGUCGUCAUCUGCUUUAUUUGAGGUUGGAGUUGAAUAUUUCAAGAGUUUGCUGUCUAGGUUCUUUUUUCAAGAGCCAGAAAGUGAUCGAUGGGGGAAUGUAUAUCAGUGUAAGAUGCAUGAUUUGAUUCAUGAUGUGGCCCUGGAGAUUGCAAGUGAUGAGAUUAUGCCUUUAAAAGCUUCAGAUUCAAUGGAAGGUAGUGUCAGCUUUGACAGGCUUCGACACAUAUCGUUCGAUUUUGAGGGAAAAUCGAGAGAAGCAUGGAAAGCUCCACAAGCGUUAGCUAAUGUAACAAAACUGCGAACUUUUCUUCCUAUAAAUACACGCUUUUAUGGCAUUGAUGGCAUCGAGGAGCAUAACUGUGAGAUGAUCUUCUCAAAUAAUACUAGGCUGAGAGUUUUAAGUCUCCACGGUGCUAAACUGGAGAGUGUGCCCCGCUCCAUCCAUAACUUGACACAUCUCAGGUACUUAAAUCUUGCUCACAACCCUAUGGAGGUGCUCCCAGGCGAGAUUACGAUACUAGUAAAUUUAAAAGUGCUCAUACUAGAUUUUUGUGAUAAUCUCAAGCAAUUGCCACGUGAUAUUGUGAAAUUGACUGAUCUCGAGUUUCUUAGCCUCGUUCAGUGUUCGAGUUUGAAAGGGUUGCCACUUGGGAUCGGGGGGCUCGCUCGUCUGAGAGAAUUGUCCAUAUUCAUUGUGCCAGCUGCAUCAUACUAUUCACAUGGGGCAGUCCCUGCUAGAAUCAGCGAGCUGGAGCAUCUCGACAAUCUAAGUGGGAAAUUGAAGAUCAUAAAUCUGGAAUUGGUGAAAGAUGAGGCUGAAGUGAAGGCAGCAAGUUUGUUUCGGAAGCAACAUCUUCAAGCAUUGACAUUGAAGUGGAGCUUACCGAGACGAGUUUUUGCUGGCAGGGAUGUUGGGGUACUAAAGGCGUUGGAGCCACAUAACAAUUUGAAGGAGCUAGAGUUGGUUGGUUAUGGCGGUCGCAGUCUACCUAGCUGGUUCUCGACUUCUCUCCAGAAUCUGGUUCACUUGGAAUUGUGUAAUAUAGGUCGCUUAAAGUACUUGGAGGAUGACGCUGGGCAGUUUCUUCCCCGCUUGAAAUAUCUCUGCAUUCGCAACUGCCCCAGGCUAGUAAGCUGGAGGUCAACUACAGAGAUAGAAAUGUCGCAGUUCCCUUCUCUUUCACAUCUCGAGAUUGAGAAGUGCCCGAAACUGGUACGGCUUCAUCAUUUUUCGGCGGAUAUUGAAAGGGUUGAGUUAAGAUAUGUUGACCGCAAACUGUUGGACCAGUUUGUUGCCUCACUUCCACCACCCAGCUCCCCUUCGCGGCUCCAAGAACUGACAAUCGAGGGGAUAAGAGGCCUUCGAAUUUUGCCGCAAGGUUUACUCCCACAUCUUGCAUCCCUUGAAGUUUUGCGGAUAGGGGAUUGCUGGAACCUAACGAAUCUGUCUCCACCGGCUACUAGUCAACAACAACAUCUCACUUCCCUCCAGUUCUCUGUCCUACCAAACCUCCGUCGCUUUGAUAUCUGGGGACUUCCAGGGAUGAAGCGUCUACCAGAGUGGCUUCAGCAUUCCUCUAACUUGCAGACGCUUUGGAUAUUAAGCUGUGACGGUCUCAAGUGCUUGCCAAAAUGGCUACCCAAGCUCACAGCGCUAGAUAUUCUGUGUGUAGAUGACUGUCAUUUUCUAUCAGCCAGAUUGAAGAGUAGAACGGCCGAGGACUGGCCCAAAGUUGCUCACAUUCGGAAGAUUGAAUUUAAUUACACCACCGUUCAAGCUGAUGGUAACUACGUGAGAGUAGAAGAACCAGCAGGCGAAAACCAACUUCAAGAACAAGAAGCAAGUGAAGAAGAAGAAGAAGAAGAAGAAGAAGAAGAUCAUGCUAGCGAGGGCGAGGAAGAAGAAGACGAUGAUCAUGAGGGCGAGCUCGAGGAAGAAGCAGAAGCAGAAGGACUACCCCUGGGCAUUCCGUCUCCAAGGAUGUGGUCAGAUUGCAUUGCGAGAUUGACUUGUAACCUGUUCCAAAGAUGCUUUCUGGGCUAGUUACCAAACGUUCUCUCCCGGGUAUUUUGAUGCAUACACACGAGACUUAUCGCAACCUGCAUGCAUAUCCGACAAACUAGUGAUCACUAUCGCCGUCUGCAGAGUUAUUUGUGAGACCUCUGUGGCGUACAAGCUUGUUCUCUUGGACCAAAUUAGACAAUUUCAUUCCAUGUUUCUUGACAAUAGUUGCAUCUUGCUUGUUUUCUACCAGCUUAAAUUCCACCAUGUGGGGACUGGGACUAGUUCUGUUCUUAUCUCUUUCUUUGUAACAUUUGUUGUAUUUUGGAGUUGUGUUCCUUUUGUGCCUGGACAAGAAUUUUUCAGUGAAGAGGAGGAAGAACUGCCCUUGGGCAUUCCGUCUCCAAGGUACACUCUUCUUUACGAUAUCGAUGAACAUAUUCUUUGAACCAAAAUAAAAGCGGUCUCCAACAUUGUUUUAUUUUUAUCACUGCAGGAUGUGUUCAAUGUAUACACACCAGACUUAUUGCAGCUUCCAUGAAUAUCCGGCGAAGUAGUGAUCACUAUCGAAGUCUGCACGUUCAUUUUGAGACCUCUAUCGCGUACAAGCUUGUUCUCUUGGAUCAGAUUAGACCAUUUCAUUCUGUGUUUGUUGGCAAUAGUUGCAUCUUGCUUUGUUGUUUUCAACUAGCUUGAACUUCCAUCUUGUCGUACUAGUCUUGUUUUUCUGUAUUUCUUUCUCGUAAACUUCGUUAUAUUUUGGAGUUGGGGCCUGCUAGUUAGAGAUUUUGUCAUAAUGCAGCUGUCACUCGCUUGAAGUAACAGAUUCAUUUGCAGCAGCAAACUCCUCAACACUGUCUUCUGUUGUUGUGUUCUUACAAGCCCAAUCUGGCAUAGUUGGUAAUGGCAAAACUUCAGUAUAAUCGAUGGGAGAUUCCGAAUAAGUUAUCUGCUAUGAA